UUGCAGUAUACUUUCCAUGAGAUCAACAGCUGCAACGCAUUUUCCACACCUCGUCUUGGCUGGACAUCCAUGUUCACCAGGCUGGGUGGCUGUGUGUACUUAAGCACGGCUCUGAAAGCCACUGCAGCGCUGAAAGGGCUGGAGCUGUCCGCGGUGCUGAAAACAUCAACCCGCCUAAAAUGGGACCCAAAUCUCAACGCGAGUGGGCUCUUCCGUGGAGCCGAAGCCAAUCGGCGCUGGGUGGUGGAGAAGGGGGAGGGUGGUCUUGCACACUGUGACAACCGGAGCAGGGUCGUAUUAAAACCACAGGUCAGCAUGGCAGCAGGUGUUGCGGCAUGGCUUCCCUUCGCCCGCGCGGCGGCCAUAGGAUGGAUGCCGGUGGCCAGCACCCCGAUGCCCAUUCCUCCCCAAGACAAGAGGAAAACCCAGGAUGGACUCAUCAUCAUCAACGUGAGCGGCUCCAAGUUUCAGACUUGGCGAACCACACUGGAGAGAUACCCGGACACUUUGCUGGGGAGCACAGAGAGGGACUUCUUCUUCCACGAGGAGACAAAUGAGUACUUUUUCGAUCGCGACCCAGACAUCUUCAGGCACAUUCUGAAUUUUUACCGCACGGGGAAGCUGCACUAUCCGCGCCAAGAAUGCAUUUCUGCUUACGACGAGGAGCUGGCUUUCUUCGGCAUCAUUCCCGAGAUCAUCGGGGACUGUUGCUACGAGGAGUACAAGGACCGGAGGCGCGAAAAUGCGGAGAGGCUUCAAGAUGACGAGGAGAUGGACAUGAGUAAUGACGUCACGCCGGUAAACCUGACGUACCGGGAGUACCUGUGGCGGGCUUUUGAAAACCCUCACACCAGCACUUUAGCUCUGGUCUUCUACUAUGUCACGGGAUUCUUCAUUGCCAUAUCAGUGAUGGCCAACGUGGUGGAGACGGUUCCCUGUGGGAGUCUGCCCAACAGGUCGAAGGAGGUUUCCUGUGGGGACCGUUACGCGCUGGCCUUCUUUUGCUUGGACACGGCGUGCGUCAUGAUAUUCACAUUCGAGUAUCUCCUCCGUCUGAUCGCCGCGCCCAGCCGGUACAAGUUCAUGAAAAGUGUGAUGAGCGUCAUCGAUGUGGUCGCCAUCAUGCCUUACUACAUCGGCCUGGUCAUGACCGACAAUGACCAGGUGAGCGGAGCGUUCGUCACCCUGAGGGUCUUCCGGGUGUUUCGGAUUUUCAAGUUCUCCCGGCACUCCGCCGGGCUGCGCAUCCUGGGCUACACGCUGAAGAGCUGUGCCUCCGAGCUGGGCUUCCUGCUCUUCUCACUCACCAUGGCCAUCAUCAUCUUCGCCACGGUCAUGUUUUAUGCAGAGAAAGGCUCUCCGUCCAGCAAGUUCACCAGCAUCCCUGCAGCGUUUUGGUACACCAUCGUCACCAUGACAACACUGGGAAUCUUUGAAAAGCUGCGCUACGGUAAGGCCAAUCGAAUUGAAGUGCCGCUGACCGGUUAA